AUGAUGUGGAACGGUUGCAAGAAGGCACUGUGCUCUCUGUCGCUAACGACUCAGCACACAAUCUGUGGCUUUCCGGAUGAAGGGACGGUAUCGCUCGACACAACGCGCUUCUCAGGACCUGAUCUUGAUUCAAUUGAGGCUUUACCGGUAGCUGUACCAAUUAGAGCAUAA